GUUUAUGUCAAACUGACAGUCAGUACCAGUAGUUAUUUAUUUGUGCUUGUAUUUUACGAUGUUGUUCAGAGAAUCUGUUUAUAAUUACGUUUACUUGUUAAAUGGGAAGUGAUUGUGGCAAUUGACUUUAUUAUCUAUAGAACUUUUCUAACAUUUUCAAGUAAUUGACAGUACCAUAUAAGUAUGGUUAUCAUGGAACUAGGUGAAAGCGUCGGCAGCUUGGAAGAGCAGGCACUUAAAAGGAAAGAAAGACUAAAGAACUUAAAACGGAAGAACCGUACUUCAGAAAAUGAAACUUCAGACGCUCCUGCUGAGAAAGUUUCAUUGCCAAAACCAAAAUUUCGGAGCUAUAAACCACAAGAUGAGACCCUUCAAGAAGCCAAGUUGGAGGAUGCUUUACCACCAGCUGUUGAGGAUGAAGUAAAAGAUUUGCUAGAAGCUGGCAAGGAGAAGGUAGUCCUUCAAGACCUAGACAUAUCAAGUUUAGCACCUAGAAAACCUGACUGGGACCUGAAGCGAGAUGUAUCAAAGAAACUAGAAAAGUUGGAACGGAGAACACAGAAGGCCAUUGCAGAACUUAUAUGGGAGCGACUCAAACAGGGAAAGGAGGACAACCUUGGAGCCAUGAUCACAAUGACAGAUAAGCCUAGUACUGAUGAUUGAUAUGAUAUGAUUGCUGUAUCUAGUGUGUAAGUAAUAUAUGAUAUUUUUUAAGAUAA